UGUUUUACAACCACCAGACGUUUCGGUUAACAAGCCAUUUAAAAAUGGAGUAAGACAAAGAUGGGAACACUGGAUUGAUGAAGGAAAAAAAGAGAUUAGUCCUAAUAUUUUAGUUAGGUCUUUCGAAGCAGCUAGACUUACGCUUAAUCCAGAUAGUAGUGAAAAUGAUAAAAUGUCUCAACGUCUUCAGGCAAUUGUUCAAGCUGUCGCUGAAAACCGGAUGAAUGAAUUGAAUAUAAAUGAGUUAUUGGAUGCACUUCCAGAAGAUGAAAAUGAAAGCAUGAUGGAUGUGGAAAAUCAAACUGACAAUGAAAAAAAUACCACUGAUGAAACUGAUGAUGAAAAUGCAAUGGAUUAUGAAUAU